AUGGCUGUAGUUGUUAGAUUUGUUAAUAAAUUUGGGGUUGUUAGAGAAAAUUUUAUUGGAAUUGUUCACGUGAGAGACACGGCUUCUUCAACUCUUAAAGAAGCCAUUGAUUCUUUAUUAGCAAAUAACCAGUUGAGCAUAAAACAAGUAAGGGGACAAGGUUAUGAUGGUGCAAGCAACAUGCGGGGAAAAUUUAAUGGGUUAAAAGCUCUGAUUCUGAAAGAUAACCCGUCGGCAUAUUACAUCCAUUGUUUUGCUCAUCAACUUCAGUUGGAUAUGAUAAGGGAGACAAAAAAAGCGAGAGUGGAAAAAGAAAUACUUGAAGGUGAGACUAAGAUGGGAAAAGGAUUAAACCAAGAGGUUUCCCUAGCACGAGCCGGUGAUACACGAUGGGGUUCACAUCAUAGAACAAUCAUCAGUUUGCUUAGGUUGUUUCCGGAAGUUGUUACCGUACUUCAAUAUGUUAAAGAAGAUGGAGAUUGUAGUCAACAACGAACAAAUGCAAAAGGUAUUCUAUCGUAUUUUAAAAAACUUGAGUUUUUUUUUUAUAUGCACUUAAUGGGAGAUGUUUUAAGCUACACAAAUGCUCUCUCAAAACAUCUCCAACAAAAAGGUAAUGAUUUAUUAGAAGCGGGCAACUUGAUAAAUGAAACAAAACGAGCAUUAAAUGCUUUAAGAGAAAAUGGGUUUGAGUCGAUGUUGGAAAAAGUUACUUCCUUUUGUGAAAAAACAACAUUACGAUAG